AUGAAUGAGGUGGGUCUUAACGACACUCACCGUGUAAGCUACUGUUGAAAUUCCAGUGCUAACCAACUUUAGCCAGCUUGCUAACAUGUAAUUUAGCGAAUGUGAAGACCUAUAUAUAAAUAUAUACAGCGCCAAAUUGGAUUCAAAUGCAUACAUAUUAUUUCACGUCCGAUAGGGUCAUACUGGAACAUUCGUCUUGAUGUUUGCUACUGCGCGUGUCUCCGUUAGUGCAACCAGGACAUGUCCAGUUAGCCCGAGCGCAGCAAUCGGCGGAUAACGACCCUGGCGAGCUAACCAGCCAGCCCGUUUGGACUGGGUCUGUCUUGAGGGAUUUGAACAGGUUUUUAUCGCCCAAGAGGACUGUAAAGCCGGAUGCUGUGACUACCAUGAGUCCCGCAGGCUGCCCUCAUGUCAACAGCUUCAAAGUGGACAACUGGAAGCAGAACCUGAGGGUUAUUUAUCAGUGUUUCGUGUGGAGCGGUUCAGCCGAGACCAGAAAACGCAAGGCCAAGUCAUGUAUCUGCCACAUGUGCGGCGCCCACCUCAACAGACUCCACUCCUGCCUCUACUGCGUCUUCUUCGCCUGCUUUGCCAAAAAACACAUCCACGAACAUGCCAAGAGCAAAAGGCAUAACCUAGCUAUUGACCUGCUGUACGGAGGAAUUUACUGUUUUAUGUGCCAAGACUACAUUUAUGACAAAGACAUGGAACAGAUUGCCAAAGAGGAACAGAGGAAAGCCUGGAAAAUACAAGGCAUAGGGGAGAAAUACUCAACGUGGGAGCCCACCAAGAGGGAGCUGGAGCUGCUCCGCCACAACCCCAAGAGGAGGAGAAUCACCUCCAACUGUACUAUUGGCCUGCGAGGUCUGAUAAACCUGGGCAAUACAUGCUUCAUGAACUGCAUCGUCCAGGCGCUGACGCACACCCCGCUGCUGCGCGACUUCUUCCUGUCCGACCGACACAAAUGCGAGAUGCAGAGCAACUCCUGUUUGGUGUGCGAGAUGUCGCAACUCUUCCAGGAGUUCUACUCAGGCCAUCGGUCUCCACACAUCCCCUUCCGUCUCCUCCAUCUGGUGUGGACCCACGCCCGUCACCUGGCCGGCUACGAGCAGCAGGACGCCCACGAGUUCCUCAUCGCAGCGCUGGACGUCCUGCACAGACACUGCAAAGACGACAACGGGAAGAAAGCCAACAAUCCCAACCACUGUAACUGCAUCAUCGACCAAAUCUUCACAGGGGGCCUGCAGUCUGACGUCACCUGUCAAGUCUGCCACGGUGUUUCGACGACCAUAGACCCAUUCUGGGACAUCAGCCUGGACCUGCCAGGCUCCUCCACCCCAUUCUGGCCCCUCAGUCCCGGGGGAGACGGAUCAGCACUUAACGGAGAGAGUCACACCACUGGAGCCACAACACUCACAGACUGUCUGCGCAGGUUCACCAGGCCAGAGCACCUCGGCAGCAGUGCUAAGAUCAAGUGCAGCGGUUGCCAUAGUUACCAGGAGUCCACCAAGCAGCUGACCAUGAAAAAGCUGCCCAUCGUGGCCUGCUUUCACCUCAAAAGGUUUGAACAUUCAGCCAAACUGCGACGGAAGAUCACAACUUACGUCUCCUUCCCGUUGGAGCUGGACAUGACCCCCUUCAUGGCCUCCAGUAAAGAAAGCCGGAUGAACGGGCAGUACCAGCAGACCGUAGACCCCUUCAACAAUGACAACAAGUAUAGCCUAUUUGCAGUGGUGAACCACCAGGGGACACUAGAGAGCGGCCAUUACACCACCUUCAUCCGCCAGCACAAAGACCAGUGGUUUAAAUGCGACGAUGCCAUCAUCACCAAGGCUAGCAUCAAGGACGUCCUGGAUAGUGAAGGGUACCUUUUGUUCUACCACAAACAGUUCCUGGAGUACGAGUAGUUCCCUCCACCGGCACCGCCUGCAGGAGUCGAGGGAUGAGGCAAGGAUUACAGUAGUUGCAUGAGAAAAGGUAACGGAGUGAUGAGAGAGGCGUGGAAACAGAAACACAAGCCUACCUGAUUCACUCUUUAGGUCGCAACUCUCUAACAUGGAACCACCCUUACUACAUACUAAUCCAGCUCCACCGUAAGACAUUCAAGGAAGAGCCUUCGGCCAUGCAGCAUAGUGCAGAAAGCGUCAGAACCAAACAAAAUUUAAGAAAUUUGUGAGCCCUGGAGGAAUAUUGCACACCUGCAAAAGUUAUUCACUUAAAUUUGUGGGGAUGAAGAAGAAAGCAGCUGUGAUAAUCUUCUAUAAGAACGAAAUGACUGCAAAAUCAGUCUGUACUUGGUGUCUGACAAUAGAGGAAUAGUGUCCCAUCCCCACUUUUUCUCUCUUUCAGACACAGACAAAAGAGCAGGAGUUGUUUUUAAAACCUUAGUUUAUCUGGGGAAGGUACACUUGAUCACAAAUCCUGUUCUACAUCAACGUCCUGUGUCAUGCUCGCACAGCUGCAUUUACGAUCACCUAAAGGCGCUAAGAAGUGGAACUCGGGGGUUCAAGGCUCUGCUUUAGCGAAGAAAGUGAUUUUUUAAAAUUUUUUUUUAAUUAGUUUUUCCUAAACUGGCAACUUUUUGGACACAAGCACACUUGUCUGACACACUCACAGUCCUCCAAACGACCAAAUGCUUCAAGGAUGGACGUUGUCUUUAUUAUGCACUUUUGUUCAGAAUGCAAAGAGUGGGGGGAAGAAAUCACCUGACAAAUGGUAUUAUGAACAUCGUAUAGAAAAAGACAGUUAAUUCCAUUUAUUACUCGUGAGUUUGUAGGUGUCAGUCAGAUACUUUUAGGAAACCUUUUCUUGAACAAGGACGCAAAGGAUCUGUUAUUUUCUGCCUCUCAUGCUGCUUCCAACAGUCACAGGGGGGGAAAUAAAUUACACAGUGAAUAUUAUAUUUUUAUACAUACUGUAAUUAAAAAGUUUGUUUACAGUUUUUCAUUCUCCCUAAACUCUCACAUUGUUCGUCUGUGUUGCAUUGUGUCGUCAGUCAUGUUUUUUGUACACAAAAGCAAAAUAGUGCUUAUUACGUUCUUGAAACUGCUGCUAUGGCGGCUCAAUUUUUAGUAAGUCAUUUAACUUUAAUUUGGUCACAUUUUUUGGCGUUACAGAAGCAUUUAUCUCCACGUUCAAGAUAUGUUGUUGUGAUGCUGUUUCAGGUAAAUGGCAAAAAAAAAGAAAUGAAACAAAAGAGGAGACCGUAAGUCUCCGUACGGAGUGUGUAUAAUGGGUCAGAAGCUCGAUUCUACAGUGUUAACCGUUGGCCGCAUGUCGCUCUAAAUCAGUGUGUUUGUGUGUGUGUGUGUGUGUGCGUGUGUGUGCACGUGUAUGUGCCCAACAAUGGGGAGAGGAGGAAAAAAAAAAGCUCAGUGUAGGUGUGUUUGUGUAAAAUCUGUUAUUGUGUGUAAAGAGACAAAAAACAAAAGUGCGUAUGUGUUCUCGUUUGUAUGCACGUGUGUCGUGCGCGUGCGUAUGUAGCGUAUGUUCGUGUACUGAAUCAGUACUUGCAUUCAGCAUGCCGUCUGAGCUGGGUAUCACAGUUUGAUAGGAUUUUUUUCCACAUGUUGAUGAUGUAUGUAAAAGUAUAUAUGUACAGUUUGUAUUUUGAGAGACAAAUGGUGAAACCUCAAAAGUUGAUUUUGUUCUUCUAUAUUGCUGGAUCCGGACACGGGGUCGUAAUCAGAAGAAACUUGUCUUGACCCGGUCAGUCAUUCCUCGCACACACAUUUAACUGCUGCAAGAACUGGACACAGUGAUUGAAAAGACACUCAAAUAAAGAAAAAUCUAUAUCUGUAAA